UCAAGACUCAUCCAGGAAAUGGAAUCCAUAUUCAGUGCUUCUGUUGCUGCGUUGAGGUUGAGCUAGUGUGGCUAGCUAUCAGAGGGCGUAGCGUUACUACACACCGAGCAGCUAUGGUUUAUCAGAGGCACACAACCAACAAAAGACAGGCCAAGAAUAUAAAUAAAACCAUUCGCGUUUGAGCAGCAAGGAGCACAUUAUUUUCUUGUUAACCGAGAUCUGUCGCUGCAGGGCCUUGGGCACCAAGAGGAAUAUUUAGAAUAAUCAUGAACCCCCAGGAGCCAGACGUGAGCACCAUCUCUCCAGAGCUGCCAGCAAUGUUUGACGGCAUGAAGCUGGCGGCGGUGGCCACGGUACUCUACAUCCUCGUCCGCUGCUUGAACCUCAAGAGCCCCACUGCUCCCCCGGACCUCACCUACCAGGACACACCCCUCAACCGCUUCCUUCUCAAGUCCUGUCCUCAGCUGACCAAAGAGUACAUUCCUCCCUUACUGUGGGGUAAAAGCGGCCACCUCCAGACCGCGCUGUAUGGUAAACUUGGCCGGGUGAACUCACCUCACCCCAGUGGAGUCAGGAAGUACUUACCCAUGCAGGAUGGGGCCACUGCAACCUUUGACCUCUUUGAGCCACAGGGGGACCAUCGAACAGGAGAUGACAUCACCAUGGUGAUAUGCCCUGGUAUUGGUAACCAUAGUGAGAAGCAUUACAUCCGAACCUUUGUGGAUUACGCCCAGAAGGACGGUUACCGCUGUGCUGUGCUGAACCACCUGGGAGCUCUUCCCAACAUCGAGCUUACCUCUCCACGAAUGUUUACCUACGGGUGCACAUGGGAGUUUGCAGCCAUGGUCGGCUACAUUAAGCGGACGUAUCCUCAGACCCAACUGAUGGUGGUGGGCUUCAGUCUAGGUGGAAACAUCGUAUGCAAGUUCCUGGGCGAGAACAGCGUGAACCAGGAGCGAGUGCUGUGUUGUGUCAGUGUCUGUCAGGGGUACAGUGCUCUCAGGGCACAGGAAACAUUCCUACAGUGGGACCAGUUCAGACGCUUCUAUAACUUUCUCAUGGCUGACAACAUGAAGAAAAUCAUCCUCUCACACAGGCACAGUCUGUUUGGGGGAAAUCCAGUUAAAAUGAUAGAUCUAGAUCUCGGUCCGCUGUACACAGCAACAUCUCUCAUGCAGAUCGAUGACAACAUCAUGAGAAAAUUCCAUGGACACAGCUCUCUCAAAGAGUACUAUGAGAAGGAAAGCUGUGUACAUUAUAUUCACAAUGUAAACGUGCCACUGUUGCUAGUGAACUCUGCGGAUGACCCUCUGGUUCAUGAAUCACUGCUCACCAUCCCUCGCACACUAGCAGCAAAGAAGCCCAAUGUGAUCUUUUCCCUGACGCUACACGGAGGCCACCUGGGCUUUUUCGAGGGCGCGGUGCUAUUCCCUCAGCCCCUCACCUGGAUGGACAAAGUGAUUGUGGGCUACGCCAACGCCAUGUGCCAGUGGGAGAAACAGAAACCGCCGUGCCAAAGUGGCCACCUGAGUGAGAGCUCCUGCACAGAGGAAAAAGCAUAAACCUCUGACCGUAUCUCUCACACACUCACACACUCACACACUCUCUACUCUCCCUACUCUCCCUAUCCUCUCACCCUCUCCCCCUCUCCAACACCUUUGUCCCAGCACUGAGAAGACACCUAAAGUAAACCUUAAACUGCCCUCUCUUCUCUGCCUUCUCCUCUGGUGCUACUCACCGCUCCUGACCCACAUCCCGGUCAAACAUGUCUCCCCUUUGUAAUCACAAUCACCUUGCAUUAUGUAAAGGAACAAAAAAAACUGCCUUGUGCUCUUUUCCUUUGCGAAGACUUUGAAUUAAGAGCAGAAACAUUUAGUUUCUCAUCAUGUACUCAACGACGACCCUUGGCUAAUGGGGGCGUUGACUAAAUAUGAGGAGAGAUGAAGUCAAACUGGCAUUAAAAAGUAAAAUGAGAGCACCACUUUAGAGUAGUCCAGUGAAAAACCAGAGCACACAAGGAGCCUCCUAUUACAGUAAUCAAGGACUGUGCUGCAGUCGGUGCCCGUUUACCGCACCUGUAAGAAGCUCACUGCUUAUCACCGCCAAGGCCAUAUAGCCUAGUCUGCUGUCUUAACCAACACAGCAUCUUUGUAGUAUGUAUGUGUGUAUGUAUGUAUGUAUGUAUGUAUGUAUGUAACUUACAGAUGUGGUGUGUGUAUGUGUGUGUGUGUGUGUGUACCUGUGUAGACUGCGAGUUAAGGACCCGUGAUGGAGCGAGUGGUCUUUGUGUUUGGUAGAUGUGAUCCAAAUUCUCUGUUCGUGGUCUACCGACACUUCUAAUGUCUGUUCUUUUGGGUGAACUGUUGCUCUGUUGUUGGUAGAAAAUGUACAGUAGAAAUUAUAAGUAUAAUGCUGGGGUUCAACACAUUAUUUCCAGCUCAUAACAUCCUCUUGACACUUGCGUUUGGCACUUGAAAUGAAAGUGUUUAGUGCUUACCAGAAAUGACCAGGGAUUAACCCCAGAGGGAAUCCGAGCACAUUCCCACGGUCGCAUUUUAUCACUUUGAUUCAAUGCACUUUAUGACACAAUUUAGUUCUUUUCCUAAUUUUUAUCCACCCUCAUUAGUCAAAGCGCAGUUAUGGAGAUUGUUGAUGGUUUAGCUCUCCUUGUGAACGAGAGGAAGAACUGAAAGGAGCAAUGAUGAUAAUGCAAAGUUAGAUGACUUGUAUGUUCCCUGUGUUGUCUGUUGUCUUUAAGCCCUCUUACUCUUUCUUCUGCCUUUGAACAGCUGCAGGUCCAGCCAAGGCUGAUAUCUCUUACUGUCCAGACGCUAGCACUCCACCCUCUAAACACAUGAUUUGGUUCAAACCUCUUGGUAUACUUUUGCCUUUUUUUUUUUUCGGCAGAUAAUUCUGUGGUGUCCUCCAAUUUUCCUAGGGACAGUUCGAAAGCGUGAAGCAGAUAUUCUCCUGUAAUCUAAACUGUGAGGUGUGAUUAGUAAGGAGGGCUGAGGGAUACCAAUUCUAAACCAAAUACUAAUACCAAGUACUUUGAGUUGCCAUACUGGUGAUGUUAUCCUGUAGAAUUAGAUGGACAACACUGCAUGCAAGAAAUAAGAGACAUUUUAAUUCAAGGGAAUAUUUCUGUUGCAAAGACUGCAUUGAAAGCUUAUUUUAUUGAUUAAGAGGAGCUUUAAAGCUGCUGAAAUCAAUCAGAAAUGUGUCUUCAUGAAAUGAUACUGCAAUAAUGGGACCUGUGGACUUUUCAAAACCUGAAUCUAAUUGAGAACUUGUUGCACACCUUGUAAGGGCUUAGGAAUCUUCUUCCAAGGCAAAGUCCAGCCAAGUAAUCGUAACACUGUGAUGAGACAGAGGAAUGGUUUUAGAUGACAAACGGGUACGCAGUGAUUAACAACAGCACAUUUUGUUCAGGCUGUUUAUUUGUUUAAAAGAUCUGGGUUUGAUAGUAUUUGCCAGUAGUCUCAUUUGUUGCAGGAAGUUUGGCCUGUCAGGACCAUUUAUAUUUAUCUCCUAUAUUUAUGAGUCUUUUAGUUGCAACAUUAUGAAAAAUAAUUAUCCCGAGCAUUAAAGUUCAUUCUUGACCUGGGAAAUAUGGGUUAUAUAGUAGCCAGUCACCAACCACCACUGAUUAAAUCAGUUGUUUUUUGGCUCAAGGACGAUUUCAAGACCAUAGUUUAUGUAGAUUUGUUGGUUUUUGAGAUGUAAUUGGCUUAAACUUAACCUCCCCUUUCUAUUGGAAUAUCUUUUUUUUUUCUUUUUUUUUGUGCAAAUACUAUGAAAUCUAGCUAUCUCACCAAUCCUGGCUUGACUAAUAGGGAUUCACCGAUCCAACUUUAUCCCUCUGAAACUCAGGGUAUCCGCCAGUACCACGCACCGAUCUGAGACAAGAAAUCUGUACACCUCACAGAGUGGAACUCAAUCAUUUUUAUGUACUGUAGAGAGCAGGGAUUGCCAUGGCAGUAGGUCAGCAACCCGCCAUGACCAAAACUGAACAUAUUUUAUAAUGACAACGACACUGUUUUUAACAUGGAUCAGUGACAUCGUGGCAGAUUGGGUCGGUAAAUCCCCAAUUUCGCCUUCUUUCUUUGCCAAAAUACUAUCAUCCUCCAAAAUACUGUCAUCCUAUCACAAAUUACUGUAUUUUGCUGCCAUCUGUUGUCAGGGAGACCAAAGUACAACUGCAUCCUCUUUUUCAUCCGCACUGAGAUUAUAUUCAUGGUUCACUCUGUCCACCGCUCUCAUUUCAACCAGAUCAGCUGUGGUUUAGUUUAUUCUGGGUUGUGAAACAAAGUUCUGAUGAAUAUUGAUGACACCAGCAUAAACCCAGUUUCUGCAGUAAGCGCCAUUUGUGUUCUUUUUUAGAUUUUUGCCUCCCCCAACUUUGCACAAAAAUGCUGGUUUGGAUGUAUUUUUUCUAAUCAAUUAUUUGGGGUAUUUUGUUUGUAUUUUGUAUUGUUUGUAUGACUUUUUGUAUUUUAUUUGCUUGUGCAAAUGCAUCAGAGCGUGAGUGUCAAUGAGUAAGUUGAAUACUGUCACCGCCUCUGAUUGACAAAUACCAAAACUUCUUCACUUUAACAAUGAAAAAGCUAAAGAGAUAAAUAUAUA